GCGAGUGGACUUAUAUUUCAAUUUAUUAAGGUGAGGUAUUUAAUGUAAUAAAACUCGUAGAGCAUAUGAAAUGGCGACUGUAUUUACUUCCUGUAUAAAGGAUGAUGAUAUAAUAACGUGUACAAUUUGUCUAGAACAGUUUAACAAUCCGAAGUAUUUACCAUGUUUACAUACAUUUUGCGAAAGUUGUAUUGCCACAUAUAUUACUUCCGCGUUUGAAAAAGAUAAUACAAAUAUUGGUUGUCCAGUUUGUAGAGCUAAGGUUUCUGUCCCUGCUGAAAGAAUAACGCCAGAGGAAUGGGCAAAACAGUUGCCUCUGAAUUUUCUCCUUGUCGGAUUAAUCGAAAAACAUAAAGUAGAACGUACAGAAAAGAUAUGCAUGUCAUGCGAACGAUUUGAUGUUAAUACGAAAUCAGAAGCGUCUUCCGUGUGUAUUGAUUGCUCUGACGCUCUUUGCGCAACAUGUACAAGGUGUCAUAAAAGUAGUAAAUUAAGUUCAAACCAUGAAAUUGUUCCAAUAUCAGACAUUUCAAAAGACGGUUAUGCUUUGAAAUCAUUUAAGAACAUGUGCUCCGAGCACAAAACUAAAGAGCUGGAAUUAUUCUGUGUAGAUCAUGAUUGUCCAUGCUGUUCAAUAUGUGUUUCAGUCAAACAUAGAAAAUGCAAAAAUGUUUUGACUAUCGAGGAAGCUGCCAAAGCAUUCAGAGAAUCAAACACCAUAAGCAAGACUACAAACGAGGUUAGUGCUUUAUUGGCAGAUUUAGAUACUGUGUUGGAAUCUGAAAAAAGUUCUUUAGUUGACAUGGACGCUGUUUAUGAUACCGAAAUGCAGAAAUGUGAUAAAUUUUGGAAAACAUUGCAGCAAAAGAUUGAUGAACUUAAAAGUAAAUGGACAAAGGCAUACCAAAAAACAUACCUCAGUGAACAGGCUAAACUCGAGUUAUCUAUUAGUGAUGCCGAGAAUAGAAUGAAAGCUGUCAAAAAUACUAAGCAAAUCUUGGAAGCUACAUUGAAAGAAGCUUCGGAUGUCCAGUUAAUGAUUGAAAUUAAAAAAUUGAAGAUUUAUAUUGAAAAACAAUUUAGAAGAUUUGAGAACACUCAAAAUACAUACAGCAAAAUAGAGUUUCAAUUUAUUGAUAGUGUAGAUGACAUUGUCAAAAAUAUUGAAGAAAAAAUAGUCAUUAACAAUGAUAAAAUGCCAAAAGUUUUACAUUUUUCUAGCACCAAAUGUGUUAAAAAUGAAAUUAAAGAUGAAUCGUUUCAGUAA